ACAACUAUAAUUCAAACAAACUAGGACAGCCAAUCCUUCUUCUGGCCACAAAUGGGAGCGAAUGAUCAGAAUCUUGGAAAAUGAGACCAUUUCCAUGAGAGAGAGAGAGGAAGGAAUAAUGGUGAAGUGGGACGGUUGGUGGGUUUGGGCGGUCUCAUUCCUCAACAUGGACCUUGAAUACCAUGCAGGACACCUUUCCUUCUGAUUUUCCCACCUGAUGCGGGUACACGAACAUGAACGAUGACUCUUCUAAGAAAAAUCAAUCAGGUCCUGGUGGUGGUGCUGGUGCUGAUGCUGUACCUGCUCUUGUACAGCUCGCUACUCAGAGCUUCCAGUCGACAUAAAAUUUCAGGUCCCUUUAAGAAACUCGGUGGUACCGUGGCAAGAGAGAUGGAUAGUGUCAUCCCUGUCGUCAUCUGCGCAUCAGAGGAGCGCAUGGGCGCAACCAUGGCGACCAUCAACAGCAUCCGUAGCAACACGGACGCGAAUGUGCUCUUCUAUAUUGUCACGCUACGGGAUGCCGUCACUUUGACCAGACGUUACAUAGAGGAAACCAAACUAAAAGGCAUCAAAUACAAGAUAUUGGAGUUUAAUCCAAUGGUUCUGAAGGGGAAAGUGAAGCCAGACUCCUCCAGACCGGAUCUAUUACAUCCACUCAACUUUGUGCGUUUUUACCUACCACUGCUUGAGAUGAAGCACGAGAGGGUCAUAUACUUAGACGAUGACGUCAUUGUACAGGGUGACAUUCAGGAUCUGUUUGAAAUCAAACUAAAGCCGCAACACGCCGCUGCUUUCGCCACCGACUGUGACCUACCCUCCACUCACGAGAUGGUGCGCAGUGUUGGCAUGCAGACAACCUACAUGGGCUUCCUGGACUACAGAAAACAAGAAGUGAAAGCCCUCGGCAUCAAUCCAAAUGACUGCUCCUUCAACCCUGGCGUGUUUGUGGCAGAUAUACAUGAAUGGAAAAAGCAGAAGAUUACCAAACAGCUCCAGAAAUCCAUGGAGGAUAAUGUCAAGCUAAACACCUACAGCAGUGCUAUGGCAGGGGGUGUGGCCACUCCACCCAUGCUCAUUGUUUUUCAUGACAAAUACACAGUGUUGGACCCACUCUGGCACGUCAGACAUCUCGGUUGGAGUCCAGAUUCUGGCUAUCCCGAGAGCUUCCUGAAGAAGGCACAGCUGCUGCACUGGAACGGCCCAUUCAAACCGUGGGGGUACCCUGCCGUUCACACGGAACGCUGGGAGAAAUGGUUCAUCCCAGACCCUUCCAGGAAGUUCUCCUUGAUGAGGCCAGAGAGCAACAAUUAACAAGGACUGUAGGAUGUACCAUAUCUGAGCCAUAUAGGGAGGGGCUAGUGCUAAAUUACUUUACUUGCAGGGAAUAGGGAAAAUCCGCCGCAAAUAGCGAAAAUCCGAGCGUAAGUGACGCCCAUCCAUAAUGGUUUUUAAUUGCCUAUAUAUCCCACAAGAGGGCAGCAAAGCACGUUUUUCUAUCAGACAAGGCUAUGGCCUGACAAAAGGACGCUCCUCCCCUCACUUCAACAUUUGGCCUGAGUACAGAAAACAACAAAUAUCAGGUGAGUUUUUUUCAGCAAAUAACGUAUUUUACAUAAUAGUUUAAUAUGUGCAACGAAUGGGCAAUUGAUGAAUUUUCCUGUUUUAACACAUAUUGUGCUACCAUCAUGUAAUGCAAUACAACGGUCAUGCUUAUCUCUGUGAGAUCAAGUUAAGUAAAAAUAAGAAAUACUGACGAAAACUGAUUCCUGACAAAUUCCACCAUUCCCACUAUAAUAAAAGUGCUGUACUGUUAAAGUAGUUUUUUCAAAUAUAUAUGCAGUAACACUGUAUAGAAAUAAAAACUAUGCAUAUACAGGAUAAAGUAUAACAGCCAUCCAUCCAUACAUUCAUAUAUACGUACAGUACAUACAAUAUAUGAACAGCACAAUUCAUAUUUUGGUUUUGCUGUUAAAAAGGCGUUUACUCUGAG